GGCCGCGGUUUAAGGUGAAGAGCCUCACAGUCAACGCUUCCAUGGCAUUAAACAAUUGAAUUUUCAAAAUUGGCAAUAAAUUCUACUGAUUUCUCAAAUGGGUUAUUCAUUGAGAUUCGAGCUUGGCUUUUGCAGCCUCUUGAUCGACAGAGCCUUGAGUAUUUAAUUGAUAAAUGAUAAGCCAUUACAACUUUUUAGUACACUAACUUGUUGGUUAAUUCAUUAUUAAAAUUUUAAGCUUAAGGACUACGGAUUUCCAGCUCUAAAACACCUCCAUGGGGAAGUUUAUGAGCUUAGGCGUAUAUCCGAAGUUUAGGAAAGGGAGCUUUUGUAUUUCUAGUGGAAAAGAAAUCGGAAUAUUUGAGUUUGAGCUAGCAAAAUGGCAAUUUAGCUUCACUUUGAUGCAUGUUCUUGGAGAUUCUUUAUCUGGAGAUGAUGGCCUUUUACUAGUUUCAAAACCUGAGCAAAACGAAAAAAACUACAGGAUUUUGGCUAGCUGAAAGAUUCAACAUUGAGCUUUAAGGAGGAUGAAAAGGCCGUGCUUUCCAAAAUGCAGACUGACCAGGAUCAUGGGUUGGCUUCAACUUGUAUUGGGAGGGCUUGUAAUAAUUGUUAGUGUAUCAAGUCUCUUCAGAUUCUAUUCUGCUGGAUUUUUCUUGCAUAAUGAAGACAUAUGCAAACAUUUUUAUGCUGUGAUUCCCGAGAAUAAGGUUGUUGAUGAAGGGUUCGACAUAAUAGCACUAUCGGAUCGAAUUGCAGAAGUGUUAAACAAGAUGGACAACUUACAAGAAAAGCUUGAGUUGGCUGUACUGCAAAUGGAGAAGAAGAAUGAGCCUCUAGACAAAACUACUAUUACUAUAUUGGAGCACAAGAAAUACUUGGAGCAGGAAGUAAUCAGGCCUCUUUACAAUGCCCAUAUUGCUCUUAGGCAGAUUCGUUUGCCUAAGCUUGAAGGACUUAGAAACUCAACACUGAAGGAAAAUCCUUUGAUCAACACUUUUGUCAAUGAAGAGAUCAGAAAAUACAUAACCCCAAAAGAAAACAGGGUUGGAAAAAUCAAUAUAUAUGGGACUGAGAAGGUACUAAAUACAAUUGGACAUUCAUGUGUUUUGAGCAAAAGUGAAUUGGAGAAGUACAUGGAUUAUGACAUUGGAUCUUACUGCAACGAUGACUGGAACUUAGCUCAGAAGCUGAUGCUCAAUGGUUGUGAUCCAUUGCCCCGAAGGAGGUGCCUGACAAGAGCCUCCAAGGUCUACCAGAAGCCAUACCCCAUCAAUGAGUCCCUUUGGCAGAUCCCAGAUGACAGAAAUGUGAGGUGGGGAAAUUAUCAGUGCAGAAACUUUCAAUGCUUGUCAAGUAAAAAUCCCAAGAGAGGAUAUUCCAAAUGCGCUGGAUGUUUUGAAAUGGAGAAAGAGAAGCUCAAAUGGGUGACAAAUAGCUCACUCCCUGUUGAUAUCCUGAUCAGUGAUGUCUUGGCAAUUAAGCCUGGGGAGAUAAGGAUUGGUUUGGACUUUGGGGUUAGUACAGGGAGUUUUGCAGCAAGGAUGAGAGAGAAAAAUGUGACAAUCAUCACAACUGCUCUCAACCUGGGUGCUCCUUUUAAUGAGAUGAUUGCACUUAGAGGCUUGAUUCCUCUCUAUCUCACAUUAAACCAAAGGCUCCCUUUCUUUGACAACACCAUGGAUUUGAUUCAUACAUCUGGAUUUCUUGAUGGCUGGAUAGACUUGCUGUUGGUGGAUUUCAUAUUGUUCGACUGGGAUCGGAUUCUGAGGCCUGGAGGAUUGUUGUGGAUAGAUCGGUUUUUCUGCAAAAGAAAGGAUUUAGAUGAUUUCAUGUACAUGUUUCUGCAGUUUAGGUACAAAAAACACAAGUGGGCUGUUUCACCCAAGUCAAAAGAUGAAGUCUACUUUUCUGCAUUGCUAGAGAAACCUCCAAGAGCUAUAUGAUCAUCAUGAUUACCUUGUAUGCUGUUUCUUUAGGAGUUUUCUUUCUUUUUUUACUUUUUUUUUUAUUAACAAAAUCUUUUGUUAAGAAGAACUAAAAGACCAUAAUGGUAAGAAGGUUUCACAAAUGAGAUAUUUCUACCAAGUAUAAGGAUGAAGCCGCCUUUAUGCAAUUUGCUAGAGAAACCUACAACAGCUAUAAGUUGUUCAUCUUUCUCAUGUUGAUAUUAUUUACCAAUAUUUCAUACUUUGUCAAGAAGAUCUGAUUCGUAAUUUUAAGGUAUAACAAAACAUAGUUUCCCUUUUCUUUUUCUAGUUAUGUAACAACCCAUAUAUUGGUGUACUUCCAACUUUUUUCCAAGGUAACAAGCAUGUAAUUUUAUGAUUCCUUUUGAUAGUUUAUUAUGUUUAGAACCUUUUCCUAUGUAUGAGUAAUGGUUUUU